GAUCAGACAUUUGUCUCUAAAUAGUUAAGCAAUAUAUUAGCUCUUAAUGUUUCAGACCUCUUACUGGUCUAGUACUUAAUGAUUCAAAUCUCUUACUAGUUCAGCACUUAUCUAUUCAGAAGUUACCAACCAAUCUCGUAGUGUAAUUUUUGAGGAAAGAAGAAUAUAAAUACACACGCUUCCACGCCCGCACACUCCACGGCGCUUCCCUCGCGUGUUCGUUUCACCCCCCCCNUUCUCUUCAUCAUCGUCGUCACUAGAUUUGCAUUAUCAUGGUUUUGGGGGUUUACUCAAAUCUCAAUCCAUUUCUCGUUUUCACCAUCAUUACCAUAUCAUCAUUAUCCCCAAACCUUGCAAUAAGCCAGCAGAUUGGGGAUAAGUGUUCAUCAUCAGAUGAAGGGGGGUGUGGAGAAGGGCUGUAUUGCUUGUCAUGCACUGUUGGGUUAUCUGGGCAUCGAUGUGUCCGAUCCUCAGCCACUCAUAUCUUCAACCUACUCAAUAAUUCUCUACCGUUCAACAAAUAUGCGUUCUUGACAACCCAUAACGCAUUCUCCAUUAAUGGCGACCCCCCUUCACACACCGGAGUUCCCAAUGUUGCCCCUAGAAAUCAAGAAGACGACGUCGCUCACCAGCUCAAUAAUGGAGUACGUGGGUUAAUGCUUGACGUGUACGACUUCAAAGGAGAUGUUUGGUUGUGCCAUUCCUUUGGUGGCCACUGCCAUGACUACACUGCUUUUGGGCCAGCAUUAGACACGUUGAAGCAAAUAGAAGCCUUCUUAUCAGCAAAUCCGUCGGAAAUAAUCACAAUAAUAUUGGAGGAUUACGUGAGGGCCCCCAAUGGGCUGACCAAGGUUUUCACCGACGCCGGCCUGAUGAAGUACUGGUUCCCGGCGUCAAGUAUGCCCAGAGGCGGCGGCGAUUGGCCGCCGGUGAGGGACAUGGUGGCCAAAAACCACCGCCUACUCGUCUUCACUUCUGUCAGAGCUAAGGAACAGAGUGAGGGGAUUGCUUACCAGUGGAACUACAUGGUCGAAAACCAAUACGGAGAUGGGGGAAUGAAGAGCGGACAGUGUCCGAACCGGGGCGAGUCAUCCCCUCUAAACGACACCACUAAAUCACUGGUUCUAAUGAACUUCUUUGGGUCGGCCGCUUUUGAGCCCGCUGCUUGCCUACAAAACUCAGGCCCACUUAUGGACAUGUUGGACACAUGCCAUGCUGCUGCUGCCAAUCGUUGGCCCAAUUUCUUGGCUGUUGAUUUUUAUAAGAGGAGUGAAGGAGGAGGAGCAUUUCAAGCAGUGGACAAGCUCAAUGGGGAGCUAUUGUGUGGGAAAGAUGAUGUCAACUCUUGUGUUAGACUCUGAUUAUUUGCUCUUCCUUUUCUACUUUUGUCCCCAUAGACUUUUUUUUUUUUGUAUCAAGAAUAAAAAAAGGUCAAAAGUAUUUUAGAAGGAAUAUGGAUUUAAAGCUUGGGCCAAUAUUUUGAGUAUUAAGAGUUAGGGCUUGAGUCCAAUAGUUUACAUUUAAUAGAGCCCAAAUGCAAUGUAAAUUGGAUGAAGUGGGUGAGACUUAGACAAUAUGUGAGAAGACUUAAGUUG